CCACUGAACCUCAGUGUGAACUCGUCGGUGCCGUUAGUCACUCGAGUGUCACAAGAUGCUAAAUCAUAAAAGUUUUCUUCCUCUUGUAAGAUGUACAUAGAUGUUAGCUUCAAGGAAGAAAAAAAUGUAGAGAAAGCAUAAAUUAGCCCCCUUCUUUUUGUUUAUUAAGCUUAUUAGCUACACACACCUCUUGAUAAUACCCUCACUUGUGAUAGCAUGAUCACCUUUUUCCUACCGCACAGUUUCACCAUAUGUUGUGUAUUUCAUUUGAUUUACUUAAACGGGUCGGGGAGGUUUUGUUACUGUUUUUUUUGUUGUUUUUCAAACAAGCUUUUGUAAUUAUGUACUAUGCAUUUUGGCCAUAAUGGUGAGAGAGACAGGACUUGUCUGUAACUUGUCUAUGCAUGAAUGAAUUUAACAAUUAUGCAAAUAUUGUAACCACGACAUAUUUUUUUGGUGUGCACGUUAAAGUGCAAACCCACUCUGUUGCCUACUGUGGCUAUCCAGCUUACCGAUGGGAUACGUUUAAACAGAUCAUCUCGACCAGGGAUUUUUAAUUGCCAAGCUGCAGUGGUCAGCAGGUGAAACCCAGUUAAACACCAGCUUACUUAAGUGGCUGAACGACUGCUACAGGCACUCCUCGCUCUCUCUCCUUUAAAUGCUUUUCCUCGUGCAUUCUAUAUACAAAUACCUAGAUGUAUAGAAAAUGUAUUUAUAGAGCGGUGCCUUGUCUGACGAUCAAGUUGUUUUCUUCAUAAAGGGCUCUUAAGUCUGCAAACACAAUCACGUCUUUCAUGGAGGACUGUGAAAUCGACCUCUGAGAGUGAGAGACGAUGACAAAUUGACUAGUUGAGAGAGAUCAUCCCAGGAUUCUGUUUUUGUGUCCACCUCCAUAACAGCAAUAGCCCUCUGCCAACUCAGCCAGCCAGUGCCCUGUAUAGAAAAGACACUGCUCCUUGUCAUACAGGCAUCUGCCAUCAUGUCUAUCUAUAAACAAUGAAUAUGCAAGAACUAUAAUGUGUAUUUGGGUUUUGAUUUUUUUUUUUUUUAUCGUGUAAGAGGCUCUUUAAUGAUGUAUACUUAAGGAAAAUUGUGGUACGUUUUGUUUUUUAAUUCUUCAUUUUUUAAAUAAAUUGGGGAAAUAAAUUCCUGUUUUGUCAUUUUAUAUAGUAACAAGCCAAAUAUGUUAGAAUAAAUUGUGAGCUAAUGGUUUAGGGUUCAAGGUUAGUUUGGUUUGACUCUUUAUAAACACAGAGGGGAUUGUACUAGGAUCCUAUAUGUUGAUUUCAUAAACCUGUAUCUGGAUGUAUACUUUUAAAAUAUAUAGUAUGUAUAUAAAAGGUAAAAAAUUUUGGCUCUGCUUUCAUAGUAUUCACAUAUUUUCAUAGAAAUUAACAUAUAAGCUAUUUUCUAAAUGCAUGCAGAUAUAACUUUUAUGCAAAGGUGGGACAGUCCAAACUCAUUCAAGCAUACAUCCUGACUGAGAAAAACAAGACACCAGCGCGUUCGUACCAUAUAGCAGCGAAGACGAGGAUCAAUGUUGUAUUAAGAAUUUUCUCUGCAGUAAUUCAGUACGUUUUUUUUAUAUCUGGAUCAAACAUCUGUAACAACAAUGGGGACAGUUACAAACUUCCUCCUCUGCAGCUUUGUCGUGGGUAUUGCUCAGAAUAAGGUGAUUUUAGAGGCGGACAUGCCCUUCAUUAGGGUGCAGGUCUUCCACACAGCUGAUCUGGAGUGCUGCUACAGCACCAAGGAGAAAUCAGUGAAAUUCACUUGGGUCAAACAAGCUGGCAACAGCACCAGACAUGAUGUACAUCCUGUGAAGCAUUCGGAACCUGUGGCUAAAGGAAAAGGCUCCGACAAAUUUUGUGGCACCCUAACCAUCCAGCCGGUGCAGCUGAACGACUCCGGGCUGUACCAGUGUUGGCUGGACGGCAGUGACGUCAAACUCAUCUCACAUGGCACCUACCUGCAAGUCUUCAAGCCGAUGGAGAAGACAAUAAACCUCAGCGAAAGCACCAAAAACAAGAUCCUGACUGCUGAAGGAGUCAUACUGCUCCUGUGUGUGCUUGUGCCUUCUGCCGCCAUUCUCUUCAAGUCACAGAGACUACAAUCACUGGAGAAGAAGAAAGCGAAGAAGGAAGAGGAGAACAUUUAUCAGGGGCUGAAUGUGGACGAUUGUUGGUCCACAUAUGAUCAGAUCGAACGCUCCCAGGCUCAUGGCCCCUACCAGGAUGUGGGCAACCUUAAGGAGGAAGAGGAGCACAUCCAGCUGGAGAAACCCUGAGGGAAAGGGGAAAUGCAGAGAAAGAGAGAGUGUUGAGUCUAUUUUGAGGGCUGAAGUUUAACUGUGUGAUCUCUGAAUAUCAUUUUCAUUCUGCAUCACACGCAUUGGAAUUUGGAGUUUUUGUACAUAGCCUGCAGUUACAAUCUGAUAACACAUAGUUUAAUCAGCUUGUUUAAUCUGAGAUUGAACAUUGAUUUUUGACCUUGGAAACAGCAGUUGACAAAACAGUCUCACCGCAGGGUCCACUCUGUCAGAGCCAUACCCAGGAUUAUAGAAAUAUUGAGGUCAGAAGAUCAAGAUAAUUUUGAAGAUACCUCUUUAUACAUUCAGCUGUAUUUUGUACAAAUUAUAGGCAUUUAAACACUUAAAGCAGCACUAGGCAGAAUGUUUUUGGCAUCAUUGGGCAAAAAUCCCAUAAUAACCUUUCAGCAUAUUGUAAUUCAAGUGCUCUGAGAGAUAAUUAGACUUCUGUGGCUCCUCAUGGCUCUGUUUUCAGGCUUUAA